CAGUUACAUUCGAAGUUUCGAAGGAGGAAUUAGUCGCUUCUAACCUAUUGUCCAUAUCACGAACUUGGGGCAAUAAACUUCAUGUCUUACAAGUGCAACAUUCCCUGUAUUAUUUCAAGGCGCAUCCGAUUAAUUUCGAGUCCGCAGCAUAUCCACGAUUUCAACGAAUGAGUAAAGGUUUCAUGUCAUAUGUUUCAUGUCAUAUGAUUGUUGGAUUUCGGGGCUUUCCCCAAUACAAUGUUGUAUACCCCAAAAUUCCAGUCCUAGAACCAUAUUUUUCCUCUCCUUAAAACCUUAUAAUUAAAACCUUAAGCCGUUAAAAGCAUAAUCCUACCCUAAAACCAUUCCAACUUUCUCCCCAAUAAACAACCCUCAUUUAGAAGAUUUUCGUGCAAAGAGUCCCACUCAAGACCCUUUCUGAUCCUCAGGCCCAUAUGUCCACUCUCUAUCCCUACUCCAAUCCUCUAAUAGCUAUCACAUGGUCAUCCCUCAAACUCUCCCAAAUAUAUCUUGUAGACCUCACUUUACGAACAACUUUGGACACGACUGGUUGUCUCAACAAAUUGUACUCCCAGACAAACGAAUAAACUUCUUUUAUUUUUGUGGACUAUCAAAAACGAGUACGUUUACUCCGGUAUCCAACGACAAAAUUCACUCUGCUAUCUAGUAUAUUUUCGAAUGACGAAAUUAUUAUUCUUUUUUUUUUCGCGAGACCCUCCUCCAAUAGAAUAAUGAAAGAGACGUCCCCAUGGCGAUUAUCCACUGUAGUUUUCCACAACAUACAUCUGGUGACCAGAGAUGACCAAGAUGGGUGCAAGAGAAGGGAGCUAUACUGCUCUCUGGGGCUUGUGUUGGAUUUUCGUAAUAAAUUCAAAACACAGAAUUUAUAUUUAAAUAAAAACUGAUAUUUAUUAGGAAAUUCACUCAACGUGUAAAUAUUGUGACUACAGAUUUAUGUAUUCAAAGAGAUUUCUGAUCUUAGAAUUGACUCAGUGCUCUCGGUGAAGUUCGGGAUCUAACUGUUUAACAAGAAUAAUGUUAGAGUACUCAGUUGCUUACCUGAGGACACAAGGAGGAAAUGGCGGGGAUGGAAGGAAGCAUGGCUAUUUUUUAGGGAUGCAGAUGCCAGCUUCUAGUAAAUGGGUAAUUGAGAAAAUUCGUAAUGGCGCCAGGGUUUAUGAUAGGUUUAAGAGUUGGGCCAGACGUAGUUGGGGUAUGCCCUAAGCAAUAAAUGAAUGGGAAAUAGAAAUAUUAAUGUAAAAUACAAAGUGAAAUAUAGGGGUAUACAACACUUGGGUGUAAGCUUUGGGCCUCACGAGGAAUAGUUAGUUAGUUUUAGGUCAUAGCAAACAUUCAUUCUGUACACUACCUUUUGAGUGAAUUAAGUGAAAAUAAUAUUUGAUUAGUAAGUGGAAAAAAGUGUUGAAACGCGUGCAGUAUUUACUCUUUCUUACCCUGUAAUACUAUAAUAAUGUCCAACACUUCGCAAUUGAAAUGUCCUCCAAAUGCUGGUCCCAGUGAUCAUAAUAAUUGAAUAAACAAAUUAUUUUACUCUCCAAACGUCAUUGUUGAUUCAUUUCAUUGUGUGUUUGCAAUGAGUAAGCAUUGCAUCUGUUAGUGACCGGGCUUGUACCACUUAUACACAUAAACAUGUUAUGCAGCUCACAAAUAAGACUGUUUUACCAUAAAUAAGUGAAAAGUGAUGUUACCAUUAUAGGGCCGAUUUUUAUGAUUCGUUUUGGAAUGAGAAGGUUGUUUGAUCAUUGUGCACAUAAUUAUUGUUUCGUAUAAGCACAUGCACUUGUCGAGCUAUUGAAAUUAACGUCACUCGAAACAAUAUUAAGACUAAAUUAAGAAUUUUUUAUAUUGAUUAUUUAUUCUCUUACAAGGAGAAAUAAGGCACAACACGGAGUUUGAAAUCACAAUUUUGUAUUUUAAAAUGGAGGCUCAAUAGAUUUUUACAAAGAUUUAUUUUAUUUUCACUUCACAAACUUAUGGUAAUUUAAGGUUUUUUUGGUGCAAUGUAACAAACAAUGAAGAUAAUUAUAUGAAGGCAAAGUACUCGGAUCGGGCAACGGGGAAUAUAAAAUCCGGAUAUGCGUGAACGGAAAUCGGUGUUAGCGUUUCGACAGCGGAGUGAAAACUAAUCGCAAAAACCCUCUCAUUAUUCCCCUUUCGUCUCCUGAGGGUGUGUUCUUUUUAGUGAGGAUUUAAAAGAAAAUUUAACUUCAGGGGAGGUGCUGCUGAGGGUCAAAGAGGACUCCUUUCCAUUCGGAUAACUUUUUGGGAGGAAUCUUGACCGCUGAGUGACUUAUGGGAGGAGAGAGGCAUUCUAACACAACUCCACCGGAUUUCGCUGUGAAGCGCGAGAGAAAUUUGUCAAAAUUGUUUUAUUGUCGCGACUGCAAGAGAUUAAGUUUUAAAGACCUGCAAUAUUUGAGAGAUUUUUGUGGGAAUGUGACGUGAAAUAUACAAUUUAUGAAGAGAUAAUUUGUAGAGACAUUAUAAGGAAGACAUAGACUCGAACCUUAGACUUUUUUGAAUGUGUUUUAGUUAGAUCCCAGAGACAAAUAGAACGGUGAUUUCCCAUGGCCGGGGGGGGGGGACAUUUUGAUUAUAAUUUUCCCGUAAUCACGACAUACCCGAAACUUUCUCAGCGAUUAAUAGGUACCUUCCUUUUCUUCUCAAACUAGAAGAUAAAACUAUCAUUGUAAAUUUCAAAUGGAAAUUACUGAAGAUGACACUUCUUAAAAUUUUGGGAAAAAUCUACACAUCUGGUUCUAGAGAAAAUUCCACUCGUGAUGGUUAGAUUGUGGAUGUUUCAGCAUUGGUCUCGAGGAAUGCCCCAUGGCACCAGGCACGGAAAUGUUUGGGGAAAUCUUUUUCAUUCGCUAUUGAAUUUUCACAAGAGGAUUGGGAGGUAGCUAUGCUCUAUCUAAGUUCUCGAAUAUGUAAUGACGACGACAUUAGAAUAAUUGUUUUUGUCUCUAAUUAUUCCUUUUCUUUUAUCGAGGGAAGGAAUGAAACACUUGCUAGUGUGAAAAGUUCUCUGAAUUAAUUAAUUCUGUCUUCUAUCGACUGUUCCUGGGAAUUGCUCGACCUGUUCGAGCGUGCGAAAGCUGGACAGGUCGAGCUGUCCGAGCGUGUGAUGAUUAGACAGGUCGAGCUGUUUAGAGGGAGGAGGGCGACAGCAUAGGGUAGACACGUAGGAAAUACUCCCAAUCAUUAUACGAGACUUGCCGGCAUUAGCACAGGUCUCAUAUUGCGUAUGAGCGCUCCACGUUAGAGUCACUCAGCUGGUGAUCUGAAGCGGUUCUUCGGAACGAUCAGUAGAGACGUUAAUUCCGCGCGCUCCAGGAGAGACUAAUGUCGGGAAUAUUCACACUACGGGCAGUGGCAGCACCUUCCGGUAAACCGCGCCCCACCCUGCCGUGAGUCGAGAGUGGGGAUGAGUGCCUUAAAAGCCCGCAUAUCCCACUCAUUAGGCAGUGCCGCAUCGGCUGGCACGCGGAGCCGUUCGCUGCCAAGCUCUGCCUGGAGUCUUACAAGAGAUCCCUAAUGGUCUCCAUUGAUUUACCUGUUUACCUCAACUCUCAGGGGUAAGGGUAGAGCCUCUCGAGGUAGCGCUGUAGGUUAGGACCACUCCUAGUGACCCGUCUUGUUCUCUGAAAGAAUACCAGCGGCCAAUUGAAUUUUCCCCCGGGUUCUUCCCCCUUCCGUUAAUCAUCUCAAGGUGUGCUCUCCGCGAUGAUAUCCUUGGGGGCGUCUUCGUCGCCCCGGAUUGCCAUAUUGACCUACUGACUUUAUCCCGAAGCUUGUUGUUCCUUUCGUCACUCUAUUGCGGUUACGAAAUAUUGGGUGCGAGUAUGAAAACGGACGAAGAUAACGUCGCCCUCAACUACGGGGACGAAGUCAGAAAAAGUGGUACACAAUAUGCUAAAUUACAGCAGAAGGGGAUCUUCAUAUGCCCUCAGAGUAAAAACAAUCCGAGAACUUAACGGUCGUUUUAUGUAAUACAAAGCCAUCAAAAGUGAAGCAAAGACGAGCGCCAGAGCGUCAAACCAGAGGAUAAAAGGUGAGGUGUCAAGGAUGACACUAAUACCGAGACAACAGCUGAUUUCAGAGCAGAGGGCAAGUAGUGGAUCGUCGCUAAGGAGAGUACACGAGACAAAAUACCGAGGGCAGUGACAAAUCUUCAUACGCAUCAUGCCUAAAGCAGCGAGAGAAACAAUUGAAAAAAGUGAAGAUGAUCGGCACGAGAUAAUCAGCCGUAACCGACACAGGAAGCGAUCUGAGUUUAAUCAAUAGAGACUAAUGUAGUACGAUGAAAGAGAUUGAUCGUAAAAUUGAAAUGAAAAUUUCUAGAGCAUAUGUAAUAAUCGAAACCCGAUAGGGAGAAUAUUAUAAACAUUAUUUUAAAGUUCUAAUUGUGCGAAAGCAUUAGUCAGGACAAAUUCACUUUUGUACUUCAAUGAGGGGAAAAACUUUAUGAGACUCAAUCAAAAGUGAAAGGGAGGUGAAAACUAAAAUAUAUGCAUGUGAAUUUUGAGAAUUUCAAUAGGACGCCAGGAGAAACAACAAAAAAUCAGAGUCCUAAGUCGUCUAAAAAAUAUAUUUUCGGUACUCAGGCGCGGAAAGCACUAGCUAUCCGCCUGGUUUGAGGACGAUAGGUUAGCCAUCAUAGCACCGGACUCCACCAACAUACACCUAGGAGUAUAGGUACUGCUUUCUAGGAGGGUAGGUAAGCACCGAUACUAUAGGUGCUUACCUACCCUCCGCUAAACACCUAACUAACGGAGACUGCCGUAACUUCGGAGUGACAUGACAGUUGAGCAAUAGCAAUACAAAGAUAUCAAGUGAGUGAAAAUUAUUAAAAAGGAGAAUGAAUCGCAUCGUUCCUGAAACUCCAGAGGACGUGCUUUCUGGUGAGAUGUUUAGUGAAGAGCAGGAAUCCACUGAUUCGGUUGCAUCAGCUACCAUAAGUUCUCUGGGAUACCAGAACAUUUCCGAGGCAGAUCCGAACCUCAACGAAGAGACAUCAUUUAUUCCUGAUGAUGUUGGCAAAACACGCUGAAUCGUAUAUGAUAACAACAAAAUCGAAAAGCGUGUACGAGAAAACGUACAAAACUUUCCAAACGUUUUUGCAAGAAAAAAAAAUCAGAAAUGUGAAUGAGAAAGUGCUGUUAGGAUACUUUCACAUGUUGGGGAGAUCCAUGGCACCAAAAUCACUAUGGGCUAUAUAUUCUAUGUUGAAAAGGACUCUCCACGUUUAUGAUAGCCAUCAGAUUGAAAAUUAUCACAAGCUCACCAUGUUUCUGUCAGGCAACGAGAAAGCAUCAACUCACGUGCCCAAGCAAGCUUCUACUUUCACUGCCACGCAAAUCCAGAGAUUUAUUGAAGAGGCUCCUGCCAUGAUGUACUUGCCACAAAAGGUUACAGCGAUCAUUGGGAUUCAUGAUCUGUGUCGAGCAGCAGGGCUCUGCAACUUGACGUUGAAUCAUGCAGAGGAUCAUCAUACCUGCAUCAACUUUGUUUUGGAGAGAACCAAAAAUGGUCAAAAUCGGGGAUUUUCGCUUACUGGAGGAUACCGUAAUAUCGUGAAGAAGUACUUGUCUUUGAGACCAUCAGGAUUUGAACGGAAAAAUCUGUUUAUCAAAUACAGCAAAGGGCAAUGUCAUCGCCAAGUAAUUGGCAUACAUGCUAUUGCCAAGUUUCCGAAGCAGAUCGCCACCUAUUUGGACCUCGCAAACCCCAAUACAUUCACCGGGCAUUCAUUUCGACGUACAGGCGCAACAAUCGCAGCUGAGGCAGGGGUUGAUUUCAUGGCUCUCAAAAAAUUGGGAGGAUGGAAAUCUUCCUCAACACCCCAUCGUUAUACUCAUAGCACUCAGAAACAGAAAAACAUUGUAUCCAGUCAAAUUAGCAACGCCAUUAGAGGAGUGUCAGUAGUUCCCACUUCAACAAGCACAAUGAAUGCUCCAUCUGCAUCAGGAUCCAGUUCUCCACCAGCUCCCACAGUUCCCAUAUUUGCUCACCCGACGACUUCAGAUCAUCCCGAGUCAAGUACAAAAAAAGCCAAACUCAACAUCCAGUCGUUUUCGUCAGCUGCAAUCGUUCAUCAACCCAUCAUUUUGGCGGAGCAGCGAUCCCUGAUCGAUAUUCCGCGCAGUUCCGGUCAAACCAUAAAUAUCAAUUUUUCAGGUUGCUCAAAUUUUAAUAUAUUUACUACCUCUGACAAAGAAAAUCACCCAUAAAAACGUUUGGCUUAGGUUCUAUUGUCCAUGGUUGUGUUAAUCCAAAGAUGAAAUCAUACUAUUGUGAAGCUUAUUAACCAAAAAACAUUUUAUAAUAUUAAAGCACUAUUAAUCUCUUAGUAUUCUGAUUAAGAUUCGUUUUCUUUAGUUUAUAUCGUUUAUGUAUUUUUCCAAAGAAUAAAUGUUUUUUAAUUAAGUCUGUUUCGGUUUUUCAG